AUGAGCCCCAGGGAGCGGGCGGGGGCGGAAGCCCGGUCUGCCUGCGGGGCCCUGGCGAUAGUACCAUAUCUGUUGCCACAACGCCCUUGCGCGCCGGCUCAGAGUUAUUUCUGGCCUGGUGGCAGAAUUGUGGUCUGUUGCAGUCUCGGGCCAUCGCCACUCCAGAACGAACUAGGCUGCCGUCCUUUCGCCAUGGGCUCCUGGCCGCGCGGAGCGCUGAGCCUGCUGCUUCUGCUGCUAGCGCGGCCCAGCCUCCCAGUCGCAGGCUGCCCAGCGCCGUGCAGCUGCGCAGGGACGCUCGUGGACUGUGGGCGCCGCGGACUGACCUGGGCCUCGCUGCCCGCUGCCUUCCCUCCCGACACCACCGAACUGGUGCUGACCAGCAACAACUUGACCGCACUGCCGCCUGGGCUUCUGGAUGCGCUCCCUGCUCUGCGUGUAGUGCACCUGGGCGCCAACCCCUGGCGCUGCGACUGCCGCUUACUGCCGCUGCGCGCCUGGCUGGCUGGCCGCCCCGAACGCGCGCCCUACCGCGACCUGCGCUGUGUUGCGCCUCCAGCGCUGCGUGGCCGCUUGCUGCCCUACGUGGCAGAGGACGAGCUGCGGGCAGCGUGCGCGCCCGGCCUGCUCUGCUGGGGGUCUCUGGUGGCACAGCUCGCGCUGCUGGUCCUCGGGCUGCUACAUGCACUGCUGCUAGUGCUCCUACUGGGUCGCCUGCGGAGGUUGCGUGCGCGUGAGCGCGCCCGCGCCUUCCGCGAGUUAUCGCUCACAGACCCGCUGGUGGACGAGCAGACAUCCUAAGAAAGGACAGGCGCAGAGCAACAAACGACCUGCAAACUUUACAGGUCCCUUGCUGGAGAAUCCUCUCCUUCACCUGGAUUUGCCUCGGCCUCUGCCCUUGCCCAAUCUUCCAGACCCAAACUCGGCAGGCCUGAAUCCACGUGGGGCCAAACUGUUGCCAGCACUACUGGAGUGAAACAUCCCUGAGCCUUCAGAGCCUAGGGAGGUCUCCCCCUGCCAGACUCUGCACUGAAUAAACCUUUCUC